UGCUAUUUGUCAAAGUGUUAGGUGGCAUCUCGUUUACUGUGACGUGGACGUGGAAAAAAAUUUAGAAAAUAAUUCUAAUUUGAUCGCAAGGUGUUUUAUAAAAAGAUAUUGGAAUAAACCACACCCUACCAAGAUGACGACCUACGAAGAAUUCAUUCAACAGAAUGAAGAUCGUGACGGAGUCCGUUUAACUUGGAAUGUCUGGCCAUCAAGCCGCAUAGACGCAGGUCGUCUAGUUGUGCCACUUGCCUGUCUUUACCAACCAUUGAAAGAACGUCCUGACUUGCCGCCUAUACAAUAUGAGCCAGUUUUGUGUACCCGUGCCAACUGUCGUGCAAUACUCAAUCCCCUAUGUCAAGUAGAUUAUCGUGCUAAGUUAUGGGUGUGCAAUUUUUGUUUCCAACGUAAUCCCUUCCCACCUCAAUAUGCAGCUAUUUCGGAACAACAUCAGCCUGCCGAAUUGAUUCCUGGCUUCAGUACAAUUGAAUAUACAAUUACCCGUGCCCCUUGCAUGCCACCAGUUUUCAUAUUUCUUGUUGAUACCUGUAUGGAUGAAGAAGAGUUGGAUGCUUUAAAAGAUUCUUUGCAAAUGUCUCUAAGCUUGUUACCUCCAAAUGCUCUGGUCGGCCUUAUUACCUUCGGAAAGAUGAUACAGGUACAUGAAUUGGGAGCAGAGGGAUGUUCGAAGAGCUAUGUCUUUCGUGGCACCAAAGACCUUACUGCAAAGCAAGUUCAAGAUAUGUUGGGUAUUGGUAGAUCGACAAGUGCGGUUCCUGGGCAACCUGGCCAACAAAUGCCAGGUCCUGGUCAACAACGUCCCGCUGCAGCAGCUGCGCCUCCAGCCAAUCGUUUCCUUCAGCCCAUAAGUAAAUGUGACAGUGCAUUGGGUGACUUGUUGAGUGAAUUACAGCGCGACCCUUGGCCGGUACCUCAGGGCAAGCGGUAUUUACGUUCAACGGGCGCUGCAUUGUCUAUUGCAGUUGGCCUACUUGAGUGUACUUAUCCAAAUACUGGUGCUCGUAUUAUGAGCUUUGUUGGUGGACCUUGUUCCCAAGGUCCCGGCCAAGUGGUUGACGAUGAACUCAAACAUCCUAUUCGUUCACAUCAUGACAUACAGAAAGAUAAUGCACGCUACAUGAAAAAAGCUAUCAAACAUUAUGAUGCGUUAGCUUUAAGGGCCGCUACCAAUGGACAUUGUAUCGAUAUUUAUUCUUGUGCACUUGAUCAGUGCGGUCUAAUGGAAAUGAAACAAUGUUGUAAUUCAACAGGCGGACAUAUGGUUUUAGGAGAUUCAUUCAAUUCAUCGCUUUUUAAACAAACAUUCCAACGGGUGUUUGCUCGUGAUGCGCGUGGUGAUUUGAAAAUGGCAUUCAAUGGCACACUGGAGGUGAAGUGCUCGCGCGAGCUGAAAAUCUCGGGCGGCAUCGGUUCGUGUGUGUCGCUGAAUGUGAAGAACUCGUCGGUGUCUGAUGUGGAGAUCGGCAUGGGUAACACGGUGCAAUGGAAGAUGUGUACAGUGAAUCCCAGCUCAACAAUGGCAUUUUUCUUCGAAGUGGUCAACCAACAUGCGGCGCCAAUGCCGCAAGGAGGACGUGGCUGUAUUCAGUUUAUAACUCAAUAUCAGCAUGCAAAUGGACAACGUCGUAUACGUGUAACCACGUUGGCCAGAAACUGGGCAGAUGCAUCCACCAAUUUACCAUAUAUAAGUGCUGGCUUUGAUCAAGAAGCUGCAGCAGUCAUUAUGGCACGCAUGGUUGUGUAUCGCGCUGAAACAGAUGAAGGUCCCGAUAUAUUGCGUUGGGUUGAUCGGCAACUUAUUCGCUUGUGUCAGAAAUUCGGUGAGUACAGCAAGGAUGAUCCAAACAGCUUCCGUUUAGCCCAGAAUUUCAGCCUUUUCCCGCAAUUCAUGUACCAUCUUCGCCGUUCACAAUUCCUGCAAGUCUUCAACAACUCACCAGACGAGACCACAUUCUACCGGCACAUGCUGAUGCGCGAGGACCUUACACAGUCGCUAAUUAUGAUACAGCCAAUUCUUUACAGCUAUUCGUUUAAUGGUCCUCCAGAACCAGUCCUCCUCGAUACAUCGUCUAUUCAACCCGAUCGUAUUUUAUUAAUGGAUACAUUUUUCCAAAUUCUCAUAUACCACGGUGAAACCAUUGCACAAUGGCGUGCGCUCAAAUACCAAGAUAUGCCCGAGUAUGAGAAUUUUAAACAGCUACUGCAAGCGCCUGUAGACGAUGCUCAGGAGAUUUUACAGACACGUUUUCCAAUGCCGCGUUACAUCGACACCGAGCAUGGCGGCUCACAAGCACGUUUCUUGUUGUCUAAAGUAAAUCCUUCCCAAACGCAUAACAAUAUGUACGCGUAUGGACAGCCACCAAUUGGCCAGUCUACGGAUGGUGGAGCACCGGUUUUGACAGAUGAUGUAUCGCUACAACUAUUCAUGGAGCAUCUAAAAAAAUUGGCAGUUUCAUCAACAACAUGAAUUGAAGAAUGUUGGAUGCGUAUUAAGUUAUGGUACUGCAGAUUUAAGACGCUCUGGUGGAGGUGCUGGAGAACUGUUAUAUGUAUAAUUAAGUGAUUCUACCAGCAUUUUUCGAUACAAUUGAUAAAAUUUAAUUACGAUUAUAGUUAUUAGAACUCUAAAAUAACGAAAUGUCAAAUUCAAUUAUAUGCAUAUAUAAAUAUCAAAUUAAAUAAAAAAUAAUUUAAUUCAAAAA